UUCUUGCUGUGUUUAUUUUGCUGUUCCAUUGGUCCUCCUCCAUCUCCAAUGAGUUGCUCCUAAUCCAAAAGGAACCCUCAUGCAAGCAAUCAAACGUUAACACUUCAGGCAUUGAAGAAUGUGGAGAUAGCCUUGAUUGUGCUUUAGCGAAAGCUUCAAUGGGAAACAAAACAGUGAUAAUUGCUGUAGUGAAUAGGGCUUAUGUUGAGCAAGAUGUGAAGAGUGAGAGCACCAUGCUUGAUAUAUUUCUAAGCAGCUUUUGGCUUGGAGAGGGAACAAGAUAUCUCAUUAAUCACAUUCUCUUAGUUGCUGUUGAUCAAAUUGCCUAUGAAAGAUGCCAAUUUCUAAAGAUGAACUGCUUCAGAUUGGAAACAGAUGGUGUUGAUUUUGAAGGUGAGAAAGUUUACAUGUCUCAGGAUUUCAUCAAGAUGAUGUGGAGAAGAACACAGUUCCUCUUGGAAGUUCUCAAACGUGGCUACAACUUCCUUUUCACUGACACUGAUGUAAUGUGGUUAAGAAACCCAUUUACAAGAUUGAGUAAGAAUGUGACAGAAGACCUUCAAAUUAGCACAGACAUGUACAAUGGUGAUCCUUGGUCAAAGGAAAACCUACUAAACACUGGAUUUUACUUUGUGAGAUCAAACAACAAGACUGUCUCCUUGUUUGAAACAUGGUAUGGUCGAAAGGAUAAUUCCACAGGGAAAAAGGAGCAAGAUGUGCUUCUUGACCUGAUUAGAGGUGGCAUUAUUGAAGAGUUGGAAAUUAGGGUUAGGUUUUUGGACACCCUUUAUUUCAGUGGAUUUUGCCAAGACAGUAAGGAUUUUAGGGCAGUCACCACUGUCCAUGCCAACUGUUGUAGGAGCAUCAAUGCAAAGGUAGCAGAUACGAAGGUUGUCCUCAGUGAUUGGAAGAGAUUUAAGAGGUUGAAAGCUAAUUCUACACUGAAUCUUCAAUGGACUAAGCAUGACUGGUGUCAGCAAUCUUGGAGGAUGACUUAGAAAAACAAAGGGCUAACCAUCGU